UGCGCAGUUAGAAUUGGCGGAACGUUAAAGUACUUGUCGUAGAAGAGAGUAUCGAAAUAAGAUGUAGUCUAAAAGUAUCUAUUUCAUGUAAUUCCAGAAAAGGCGUGAACUAUCCAAAAAGUACAGUAACAGUGUAACAACCAGAAGAGAGCGCAUAAAUUGUGGAAUAUCCUUUCUGUUUGUUGAAGUGUCUUUGUAGUGAUAUUUGUGACAGAAGAAUUGUGCGUUUCAUUCCCGCUGAAGCAGCCGAUAAUUUCCAUAUUUGUUGAAACGGAAACAUUUCAGCAUUUAGCAGUAAAGUAUCGAAACUUUCACAAAUAGAACACUUUAUGUUGGUCUUUACUACAUAUCAAAUUAUAAGCAGGUUAGGUACUUAACAGCAAGUAUUAAGUAUAAGCAUUGAUAGAAGAGAUAUAAGGUGGAAGUUACAAACUAGACUACACUUUUAAAUUCAAAGUCAAGAUCAGAAUCCUUUCGAACUCUUGUUUUUCUAAUAAAAAAAAAAGAUUUUAAAUAAUACAUGAAAAGUAUAUACAUUCAUACUUUAGCUAUUAAGUACGGAUAAAUGAGUGUUUUUACAAAUUGAGAAUUUCUUGUACAAUUAAAAUUUGAAAAAAGAAAAAAAUGACAGAAUUCGCGAAAAAGUUAAUAACAAGCAAAGAUGUACAGCAACGAUGUAACGAAUGGGUGGAAUCUCAGACAAAUUUUACGUAUACUGACGAAAUACAGCAUAAAAGAAAAACUGACGACGAUGACAGUUGUAAUACUGAUUCUGAGUUUGAUUCGGUGUCAGAAUGCGGUACAAAAAGGAGAAGAGUUGGUUUGCCGCUGAAACGCGAAGUUUUCCAACUUUCUUGCGAAUGGACCGAUUGCGAAUACGAAACUAAUCAUGUUGAAAGAUUUGUUAAACACGUGGGCUGGCACGUGUCUGACUUGAGUAUACGAACUAAUGAGAAAGGUGUUGAUGUUUAUGUGUGUCAAUGGAGCGCCUGUUUUUAUGAAAAUAAUAAUUCCGAUGAGAUCUCGAGGCAUGUAAAUUACCAUGCGUUUCAUACGAAACUGAAAUGUAUUGGAUCAAAUAUUCGCGCCAGAAUUAAAUUGCCCAAAUGUCGCAGAGAUUCAGAAUGGAAGAACGUCGUGGAUCUUCCAGCACCUCUGCUUUGCCGCUGGGAAGAAUGUUUAAAAUGUUUUAAAAAUUAUCAGCUAUAUUUAUACCAUGUAGCUGCACAUAUUGAAGAAAGUCCAAGGGGCAAUAAAAUCGAGGGUGGCUUAGAAUGCAAAUGGACAGGCUGUAGUAACUUGUAUCCUAGUUUAUAUAAAUUAAGAGAUCAUAUACGCCGUCAUACUAAAGAAAAAAUCGUUGCCUGUCCUGAUUGUGGGGCUACAUUUGCUUCUAAUACAAAAUUCCAUGUGCAUUGCAAACGUCAAAUUCCAAUUGAUGUUCAAGGAUUCCAGUGUUCCCAUUGCAAUAAAUUUUAUCCAACGGAAGGAAUUUUAAGAGAUCACAUGCGAUUACAUGUUUUUAAUUACAAAUGCAGUCUUUGUGAUAUGAGCUGUGAAUCACCAGCUAGUUUAGCCAAACAUGUACGAUAUCGUCAUGUACCUACCAGAAGUUUUCCUUGCCAACUUUGUAGUCACGCAGCUAAAUCUCAACAGGAUCUUGAUUCCCACAUGACAGUUCACACAAGUGGACCAAACUUUUCAUGUCAUUUUGAGGGGUGUCUUUACACGUGUAAGGGUGCAUAUACUCUCGAUAGGCAUGUAGAACGAGUUCAUUGUAUGCAAUUACGAUGGUAUUGCUGUCAUGAAUGCCCAAUAAAGUAUAGAAAGAGUUAUAGAUUAACGAAGCAUCUGAUUGAAGCACACAGAUUUCAAUUACCUAGUGGUCAUACAAGAUUUGAAUAUACUCAUGAUGAAGAUGGCUGCUACAGAUUGCAAAUGGUUAGAUAUGAAGCUGUUGAUGAAGAAAGUAAUCCCUCAGCUGCUCAGUCAAAGGUUCAAGAUAAAAAAUACAAUAUUCGAUUGAAUAAAGAUUCCAAUGUUCCCCAAGUGGAGGUUUAUGAAGAUUUAGAUGAUAGAGGAGAUGAAUGUGACGAAAUUGGAGCUGAAGAAAAGUUAGAAGCAAACAGUUAUGAAGGAAAAUCAAUGCCUGUUAUUUCAAAUAUUUUAAUAUCAAUUGACGAAACGGAUGCUGAAGGAAAUAUAAUUAGAAGUAGAAUUGUGGAAGCUCAAGAAACUAGAGAGUUACCACCCUCUGAAGGCCCACCAUUAAUUUUGACUUAGAUUAAUUUUAUUUAAUCAGUACAAAGUUUUAAUUGAAUUUGAAUGAAAUAAAAUAUAAAUUUUUUACAAGAAAA